UUUUUAAUAUUGGUUACAGUUUACUAACUUUGUAUCCCACCUGUACCCCCCUCCCAUGUUCCCUCCCAAUUCCACCCUCCCUCCCUCAUCUCCUCCCUGCUCCUCUCUAUCAGUCUACUGAUAGGGAAGGUCCUCCUCCCUUUGCAUCUGACCCUAGCUUAUCCGGUCACUUCAGGACUGGCUGCAAUGUCCUCCUCUGUGGCCUGGCAAGGCUGCUCCUCCCUUGGGAGGGGGGAAUCAAAGAGCCAGUCACUGAUUUCAUGUCAGAGACAGUCCCUGUUCCCCUUACUAGGGAACCCACUUGGAUACUGAGCUGCCAUGGGCUACAUCCGAGCAGGGGUUGUAGGUUAUAUCCAUGCAUGGUGCUUGGAUGGAGAAACAGUCACAGAAAAGACCCCUGUGCCAGAUAUAUUUAGUCCUUGUGGAGAUCCUGACCUCUCCAGGUCAUACUAACUUCCCUUCUUUCAUAUGAUUCCCUGUACUCUGCCCAAAGUUUGGCUAUGAUUCUCAGCAUGUGCUUUGAUACACUGCUAGGUAGAGUCUUUCAGAGGCUCUCUGUGGUAGGCUCCUGUCCUGUUACUUGUUUUCUCCUACUUCCAAUGUCCAUCCCAUUUGUAUUUCUAAGUGAGGAUUGAUCAUCUUACCUCCGGUCCUCUUUCUUGUUUAUCUUCUUUAGGUGUACAGAUUUUAGUAUGUUUAUCCUAUCUUAUAGGUCUAGUACCCACUUAUAAGUGAGUAUAUACCGUGUGUGUCUUUCUGCUUCUGGGAUAUCUCACUCAGGAUGACCUUUUUUAGAUCUCACCAUUUAGCUGCAAAUUUCAUCAUUUCCUUGUUUUUAAUUGUUGAGUAGUAUUCCAUUGUGUAAAAGUACCACAGUUUCUGUAUCCAUUCUUCUUGAAAGAAAAAUUCUCAAUUUCAUAUGGAGAAACAAAAAACCCAGAAUUUUCAAAAUGAUUCUGUACAACAACAGAUCAUCUGGAGGUAUCUCCAUCCCUGAUCUCAAGCUGUACUACAGAGCAAUAAUAGUAAAAACUGCAUGGUACUGGCAUAGAAACAGAAAGGUGGAUCAAUGGAACCGAAUAGAAGAUCCAGAAAUAAACCCACAUACCUAUGAAUACUUGGUUUUUGACAAAGAAUCCAAAACCAUUCAAUGGAAAAAAGACAGCAUCUUCAACAAAUGGUGCUGGUCCAACUGGAUGUCUACAUGCAGAAAAUGAAAAUAGAUCCAUAUUUAUCACCCUGCACAAAACUAAAGUCCAAAUGGAUCAAAGACCUCAACAUGAAACCAGACACACUAAAUCGGUUAGAAGAAAAAGUGGGGAAGAGUCUAGAAUUCAUUGGCACAGGGGACAAUUUCCUGAACAGAACACCAACAGCACAGGCUCUAAGAGAAACAAUCAAUAAAUAAGACUUCAUGAAACUGAAAAGCUUCUGUAAAGCAAAAGACACUGUCGUCAGAACAAAACGACAGCCUACAGACUGGGAAAGGAUCUUCACCAAUCCUAUAUCUGACAGAGGGCAAAUAUUCAGAAUAUAUAAAGAACUAAAGAAGUUAAAAAGCAACAAAUCAAGCAAUCCAAUUAAAAAAAUGAGGUACAGAGCUAAACAGAAUUCUCUGUAAAGGAAUAUCGAAUGGCAAAGAAACACUUAAAGAAAUGCUCAAUGUCUUUAGCCAUCAGGGAGAUGCAAAUCAAAACGACCCUGAGAUUUCACCUUACACCCAUCAGAAUGGCUAAAAUCAAAGACUCAAGUGACAACACAUGCUGGAGAGGUUGUGGAGAAAGGGGAACCCUCCUCCACUGCUGGUGGGAAUGUAACCUUGUACAACCACUUUGGAAAUCAAUCUGGUGCUUUCUCAGAUAAUUAGAAAUAAUGCUUCUUCAAGAUCCAGCUAUACCACUCCUAGGCAUAUAUCCAAAAUAUGCUUAAGUACACAACAAGGACAUUUGCUCAACCAUGUUCGUAGCAGCUUUAUUCGUAAUAACCAGAACCCGGAAACAACCCAGAUGUCCAUCAACAGAGCCAAACAUUUUAAGUGAUGCUACAAGUUGAACAUUUCUCACCUGAGAUUUGACAGGUCAUGGUCAAAUCAAGGCUUGUUAAAACUACUGUAUUAAUUUACUUUUGGGCUAUGUAUGUCAGAUGCAUUUGAAACACAAGUGAAUUGCGUGCCAAGAUAUAAGUCCUAUAUCCAAGAAAUCUAACUGUGCAUAUACCAGUAUUUCAAAAUCUGAAACACUUCAGCAUUUUUUAAUAAGAAAUAGUCAGCCUGUAGCAUCCUUAUAGCCAAAGGAUCUACUUCCAAAUCUAUGAAAAAUAAUCUAUAGUUACUCUUCUGGAGCCAACAGUCCCUUUUAAGAGUUUCUACAGUUUUCAAAGACAUGUUUUCCUUUAUGUUUCCAAGAAACAUGAGAACUUUCAGUUUUCCUAUAUGUAAAGAAAUGCUCACUUUCGAAAUGCUUACUUGUCAGAGGCAAAAGAAUUAAAAUUUAAGUAUUAUGGAUUUAAGCUAAUGAAGACGUAUAUUUAAAUCUCUACCUGGGGCUAUUGUCUAACAGACUGGACACUGCAGUUCCAAAGUUAAUCAUUUUCAACUGUAAGUUUUACAGGAAAUUUAGCCACGAUCAUGCUUCUCUCCUUCAAACAACACAUUUAAAACAUAUUUUCUCCAUUGUGCUUGCUACCCUCCCACAAAAUUAGUCAUUCUUAUCAUGAUUCUCUCCAUCAACAUUCAUUUCGUUUACAAAUGAAUUUAAAAAUUUUGAGCAUGAGACUACUUCCUUCUAAGUAAAAUUGUUAGUAGUUCCUUCAGAGAUAAUCACAAAAGUAAAAAAUCUCAGUUUUUUUUUCUGUAAACAUGCUCACUCAACCCUUAUACAAUGAAUUAUAUUUCAGCUGUCUCAUCAAUCAGCAUUUGUAUUUGUCUUUCAUUGUUUACCAGUUUUAGUAGUCAAUGUUUCUAUCAAUUCAUUAAUUUCAGUUGUUAAGUUACCUUUUCAUUGAUUGGCUUUAUGAUUUCAUCCAUGUGUAUAAUGUAUUUUGAUUGUGCUUACUCUCAUUACCGUCUCUUCUUGUAUACCUCCCAUUCCACUGGACUCUUUCUGCUUCCUCCCUAGUUCUUUUUCUAUUUGUGUGUGUGUUGCUGAGUUUAACUAGGGCUAUGUGAAUGAGCAAAGAGGGGCAUUAUUUAUCACACUAUGACAAAUUUAUCAGUGGCUACACUGAAAAAAUGGCUUGCCCUUUGUCUUGAUUGUUUCUUUUUUCUUUUAUUUGUCACAAGCAAUGGUGUGGGAACAUUUAUAAGACUGGCCUGUAUACAAGUCUAUGGGGCAUUUUCUUCAUUAAUGAUUAAUAAGGGAGAGCCCAAUCCACUGUGGGAGGUGUUAUCUCUGAGAUGUUCAUGGAUUGUAUGAGAAAGCAGGCUGCCAAAGUCGUGGGGAACAAGCUAGUGAGCAGCGUUCCUCUGUAGCCUCUGCCUCAGUUCCUGCAUCCAGGUUCCUGCCUGGAGCUCCUGCCCUGCCUCCCCUCAGUGAUGGAAUGUGACUUGAAAAUUGCAGAUGGAAUACCUUUCUUCCUAAGCUUCCAUGUCUAUGAUUACCUAUCACUUCCACUUCCCCUGGUCAGUGUUGUAAUUUUGUAAUGGUUGGACUUGUACAGGUCUUGUAUAUCCUAUCACAUUACUUUGGUUCAUUUAUCAGUCCUUUUGUGUCUGGAAAAUGCGGUUUCCUUGGAGUUGUUCAUCACCUUUGCCCUUAUGAUCUUUUUUCCUCUUCUGCAUAGCUUCCUCAGUCUUGAGGAGAGGGAUGUGGCAUAGACAUUUAAAGCUGAGUCCAACAUUGUUUUGUCAGUUUGCACAGUGUCCAGUUGUGUAUCUUCAUGUUAAUAACCAUGUACUGCAAGAAAAAGCCUCUCUGAUGUGCCACUUAUUAAUGGGCACAACAAUAUAUCAUUAGGAGUCAUUUUAUUGCUGCAGCUAUUUAGCAGAUCCACUUAGCCCAAGGUUCUUGGCCUCAUUUAGUGUCAGGUAUGGGUUCCAUCUCAUGGAGCAGACAUUAAGUACAAUUUUUAAAAGAUGUUGGUUACUCCCACAAUAUUUGUGCCACUAUUACAGCCAGUGUGUAUAGCUUGCACUCGCGAUGCUGUUGUAGCUCACAGGGUUUUAGCCAAGUGUGACACUGAUGAUUACUUUUCCACUCUUGAACACGAAUAGAGAUUUCCUAAAAUAUGACACAUGAAAUGAAGCUUGAAUGGAGUUACCAUAUAAUGGAGGAGACAAUGCUGACUAGACAUUAUAUGCUAUCAACUAAAUUUUCUAGAACCAGGAAUGGGUUACAUCUUUUUGAACUGUGGGCCAAUGUCAUCCUAUAAAUGCCACCUCAAUUAAAACAUCAGCUAUGGCCAGUAUUAGGGGUUACCCUCCACAAAAGUGAUCAAAAGCUGGCAAGCGAGUCUGUGUCCAAUGCACUCCCUCCUUCUCUUACUAGAGGACCCACUUGAGUCCUAAGCUUCCCAUCUGCUACAUCUUUGUAGAGAAUCUAAGUCCAGUUCCUGCAUAGUGUUUGGUUGAUGCUUCAUUCUCAGCAAACCACUCUGGACCCUGGUUAGUUGGCUCUGUUGGUCUUCUUGUGGAGCUCGGGUCAUCUCCAGGUCCUUUUCUCUUUUCUCACACACACACUUUACCACAAGACUACCCAUGCAUCACCCAGUGUUUGACUGUGAGUUUCAGCAUCUGUUUUUGAGGCACUGCUAGGUAGUGCCUUUCAGAGGAAACUCUAUCAGGCUCCUGUAUGUGACUUUAACAGAGCAUUAUUUAUAGUGUCAGGGUUGGCAUUCUCCAAUAGGAUGGGUCUUUGGUUGGGCCAGGCACUGGUUGGGUAUUCCCUCAAUCUCUGUUUUAUCUGCUCUAUCUUUAUCCCUGGACAUCUUUUAGGCAUGGUAAAUUUUGAGUCCAAGUUUUUGUGGGUGGGUUGGUGUUCCCUACCCUCUGCUAGGUGACUAGUUAAUGGGAGUCCUCUUCAGUCUCUAUGACUUCUUCUAUUAGAAGUCUCUGUUUGAGGAGCCUACCCUGACUAAGGUCUCCAGCUUGACACAAAAAUAUCCUCAUCCUCAGUUUCUCUUAUCCCCACAGUCCUUUUGUCCUCUUGUUUUUCUCUCCACAGGUCUAUUCUCCACCCUCUUACCUCUCCUCUCUGUUCACACUUUUCAGCCAUUACCUCUGUUCACCGACCCUUCAUGUUUCAUCUUAAAAAAAAAAAAAAAAGCCAGAACCAAACAAGCCAUGAUGCUUCUCACCUAUAAUUGCAGCACUGGGGAGGAAGAGACAGGAAGACUGGUGUGAGUUUAAGGGUAGUUUAUUUAGUAAGACCCUGUACUUAACAACAACACACACAAACACACACAUGCAACACAACCCUCUCUUGACUCAAAACUACUAGGUUUUAGCUGCCAUGCAGAUUUUUCAUAACCAUACUUCUAGAAAACAAUAGGUAGCAUUUUCCUUUGUUUCUCCACUUCAUCUUCUUCACUAUACAUUUAAACUCAAAAUACAUAUUCUGAGCAACUUUAAUAUCCCAGGCCGUGUGGAAAGUAUAAUACAGAUUCUCUUUUUUUUAAGAUAAGAUAUUAUAAACCCAGGUCUUCUGCAAUAGUGGCCAGCACUCUUAACCCAUAUUCUUAGCUCUGUAUAUGGAUUCUUUAUUAUUAUUAUCUGUAUCUUUACACUAUGUAUGUCCAGUUUAUAAGGAAAUGAGUUGUAUAUAGUGUCCACUGUAUGUCAGAAGAGCCCCUGGCAGUGGUGUGCAACCCGAACAGGAUUAAAGAGGCAUUCUAGAGGCAAUGGUGAUCAAGUUGUGGCUAACUCCAGGAAAGAAAAGAGGGGUAAGUAAAAUCUGGUAUGGGUACAGUGCCGUAUUGCUGGAGCUGUAGACAUGGCAAGGGAAGGAUGCACAACCAGAAGGCAGGUCUUGUGUGUUUCCAGGGUAGGCAAGGCACCAUCAAAGCAUAUUUCUAAGAUGCAAGCAGGCAAAAGAUAGAGACGCACAAUGUAUCUCCAAUAGCUGAUAAAUUACUAAUAAAAAGAAAGCUAGAAAUGAAGCAAUAUUUGACAAAAAUGUUUAUUUGAAAACUUCAGAACUUCAAAACCAAACCAAACUUCAAAGUCUUUGAGACUACAAAGUUUCAUAAAGACAAAACAAAAAUCUACACCCGAUCCUAUUGUGAUAUUUCAUACAACUGUGGUCAAAGAGAAAAAAAUAUCCUCAAAUUUUCUGGUAAGAAAAUUAAAUAACCCACAAAAGUUCAGGGAACUAAACUUGAGUCCUCUGCAAAAUCAACAAGCAUUCUUAAAUCCUGAGCUAUCCCUCCCUCAUUCACAUGUGCAUUCUUAUCAGCAAAACUAGAUGGGAAACAGGGAAAUUACAUAUUAUUGUUAAUGUAGAUAAGACACUAAUUACAGCCAAAACCCAACAAUAGAACGCAAGAACUACAUUUGGCAUGUCUUUAUCUUUUAACCACUUAUUCCUCAAAUUCCCAAAACACUUCUUAAAUUACUAUUUUUUUUUUUAACUUUAUGUGUAUGGGUGUCCUGCCUGCCUGCAUGUUUGAGCAUUACGUGUGUGCCUGUGACCAGAAGAGGACAUUGGGUUUCUUGGCACUGGAGUUACAGAUGGUGAGUCACCACGUGGCUGCUGGGAAUCAAACUCAAGUCACUGGGAGAAGUAGCCAAUACUCUUAGCUGCCGAGCCAUCUCCACAGUUCCAUAUCCCCAAAAUUAAAAUUGUCAAUUAUUCUUAUUUGGAUAGCGUCAUUCUAUCCUCUGAAUCUCAUAAAUGUGGGGACUCAAGUUUCUGCGUGAAUUCUUUUAAAAAAAUAAUCUAUUUAUGUAUUCACUUUACAUCCAGAUCACAGGCCCUCCCCCCUCUUCUGUUUCCACCUUCUUUCCCACUUCCCUACUCCUUAGAUAAGGGGAGCCUCCCACUUCCUCAAGUCAAAUCAGAACUUAGUGCAUCUUCUUCUCCUGUGGCCUGGUGAGGAAACCCCGCCAAGGGGAAGCGAUUGAAAAGCAGGCAACAGAGUCCAUGUCAGAGACUGCUCUCUCUCCCCUUUCUAGGGAACCCACAUGUUGGCCAAGCUACCCAACAUCUGAGUAUGCGUAAGGGCCUCCCAGGUCGAGUCCGUGCAUGGUCCUUGGUUGGUGUGCGUAAGCUCACCCGGGGCCUAGGUGAGUUGGCUCUGUUAGUCUUCUUGUGGAGCUCCUAUUCUUCCCCCAUUCUUCCACAAGACUCCAUGUGCUCCCCCCAGUGUUUGGCUGUGAGUCUCAGCAUCUGUUUCAACCUGCUGUUGGGUGGAGACUCUCAGAGAGCAGCUGUGCUUGUCUCCUAUUUGUAAGCAUAACAGAGUACCGGUAAUAGUGUCGGGGGUUGGCUCUCUCCCACGGGGUGGGUCUCAGGUAGGGCCAGGCAUUGGUUGGACAUUCCCUCAAUCUCUGCUCUAUCUUUAUUCUUGCCUAUCUUGUAGGCAGGGUAAUUUUUGGAUGGAAGUUUUUGUGGGUGGGUUGGUGUUCCCCUCCCUCCACUAAGAGUCCAGUCUAGUUAGAGGGUGGCCUCUUUAGUCUCUCUGACCCUUGCCACUAAGAGUCUCAGCUAGAACCACCCCCGUAUCCUCCCAGGAGACUAAACAUGUGUUUUGCUAAAUGUUAGUUCACACGCAUGCAAUUUCCAUAGAGGCCAGGAGAGGGCAUCAGAUCUCCCCGAAACUCCAUGUGAGUGCUGCGAACCAAACUAGAUCCUCUGUAAGGGCAGUCUGGUUCUUUAACCACUGAGUUAUCUCACACAUUACGUUCUAAAGAAACAAUACGUGUAUAUAUAUAUGUGUGUGUGUGUGUGUGUAUUUAAGGAUGAUAUCAGACAAAACCUACAUAUAUGCAGUUCACCUGGAUCUGAGGAAAGAGGGAAUUUAUUCAUUACUAAGAAAUAAGACAAUUCCUAAAUUAUAGUGUCUGUGCACAAAAUGUUAGAGUGUUGUUAAAUGUGCUACUAUUGAAGGCAGCAGGCAUAGAGAAACAAACAGAGGACUUGUUCUCACGGGUUAUGGGUUCUGUCUGCUUCUACAGACGCUGCUGAGAAAUUUCUGGAUCUAAUAUAAUUAGUAAACAAGUAAAUACUGAAUGGAUAGUGAAGGAAUAGUUAAUAUCCAUGCGAUGCUUUGUCUUCCAUGUACGCAAGAUGUUCAUGAUCUUGUAGUCAGUUUCCUGCUGUAAACAUUUGACAGCAUGAGGAACAGGACAUACUGAAAACCAGUGCUUGGAUGCAGAGAAACUUGCUUCCAGGGACCUGAGGUUAAUGUAACAGCUAAUCUCUUCCUCCCCCACCCUCUGUCUCUGUCUCACAGUCUCUCUGUGUGUCUCUUCUUGCUCUCUCUCUGUGUGUUGGUACAUUGCACACGAGUAUGCUUCAAAUAAAGGCUAGAAAACAACCUUUGUUACCAUCCUUAGAAACAUUGUCCACCUCCUUUGAGACAAUGUCUCCUGUCAGCCUGGACACAGCUCACUAAUUAGGCUAGACUGGCUAGCCAAGAAGCCCCAGGGAUCCUCCUGCCUUUCUCCCUCCAGCUAUGUGAAUUUAACUCCCAAGCCAACACGCCUGACAUUUUUACAUGGGUGAAUCAAACUCAGUUCCAGUGCUAGGUAAGUACUUUACUAGGUGAGUAAAGUCUCCCCAGUCUGAGGAUACAACAUCUCUCUAAAUAUUAUGCUUUCUAAUAUCCAUAAGAAUGAUGGUUGCAAAUAGCAUACACCCAAUGCUACUGAGAUAUAGGUGAAAAUUCAGAUUUAUCCUGUUACCCUGAGAAUAGUCGCAUUGCUUCAUUGCGAUCCAGCUUUAAAAAAAAAAUUAUGGGAGGCUUUGAGAUACCAUCGUUUCCGAUUUGUUUAUUUCUGUAAUUUAGGAAAUUCUUUUCUGCUCUGUCCUUUCCAAGCUGGUCUUUUACAAUUUUAGUUUAAAGUACUCCAUUAAAAGUCAACUCUCCUAUUGGGGUCUAACCUGAAGAAAAAAAAAUGUUAAAGCCCAGCUUCUUCCUGGUUUGGUAGUUGUGAACCUUCCAAUAUGUCCAGCCAACCAUCUGCAACCACAAAUUCCCUGCUGAGAAACCGGCGAGGGCAGCGAGAGAAGAGAACAGCGCAGGAGUCAUCCUCUGAGCAGUUUCUUUGGCAGUCACUGUGAACUCUGAAGAAUUCUCUCCAGAAACCAGAGUUAAACAAAACCGCUCGCUAUAAAGCACAAUUAAAACCAAGACAUAGCAGUGAUCCAAAAGAAGAAACGUGAAUUCUCCUCCGGGACAGAAAUCUGUGGAUGGACUUUUUGAAGAUUCCUGCUUCAGCUCUCCUUGGAACUUUCACAUUUACUUCCUUUAAAAAAAUAAGUCGAAAUGAGGAAGAGACACUUAAGGCUGGGUCAGCAACUGUGGGCUCUUCUCUGCAGGAACUGGCGCAGAAAGUGCAGGAUGAGAAGAGAAACGUUGAUGGAAUGGUUUUUCUCAUUUUUUCUAAUAUUCUUUGUAUACCGAUUAUCCUCCAAUUUACAUCAAAUUCAUGAUGCUCCUCAAAUGCCUGAAAUGGAUAUGGGACGUGUUGAUAAUUUUAAUGAUUCUUACUAUAUUAUUGAAUAUGCUCCUGAGUCCAAAACCACCCAGGAAAUAAUGAACAAAGUGGCGUCAACUCCAUUCAUGAAAGGGAAAAGAAUCGUGGCAUGCCCUGAUGAAGAAAGCAUGAAUAAAGUUCAUUUAGGUUACCCCGUGGAUGAGGCGAGAGUCAUCUUUCGGGAUACGUUCUCAUAUCAUUUGAAAUUUCCUUGGGGUCAGAGGAUCCCUAGGACGAAAGAACACAAAGACCAUUCAGCUCCUUGUGAACGAUUUGACAACAAAAUAAUUUGUGAAAAUUCAAUCUUCUGGGAAAAAGGCUUUGUAGCCUUUCAAGCUGCCAUUAAUGCUGGUAUCAUAGAGAUCACAACAAAUCAUUCAGUGAUGGAAGAGCUGAUGUCAGUAAUUGGUUCAAAUAUGAAGAUACCACCCUUUAUUGCCCAAGGAGGAGUUACAACUGAUUUCUUUAUUUUCUUCUGUGUUAUCUCCUUUUCUUCAUUUAUAUACUAUUUGUCAGUCAACAUUACUCAAGAAAGACAACACAUUACAGCGCUGAUGGCUAUGAUGGGCCUUCGAGAGUCUGCUUUCUGGCUUUCCUGGGGUUUGAUGUACGCUGGCUUUAUCCUUGUUGUGGCCAUUUUGAUGACUCUUAUUGUGAAAUCUGCCCAAGUGGUUGUCUUAACUGGUUUCCUGGUGGUGUUUCUUCUUUUUCUCCUUUAUGGCCUGUCUUUGAUAACUUUAGCCUUUCUCAUGAGUGUGUUGUUAAAGAAACCGUUUCUCACUGGCUUGGCUGUCUUCCUCCUUACCGUCUUCUGGGGGAGUCUGGGAUUCACAGCAUUAUACAAACAUCUUCCUGCCUUUAUGGAAUGGACCUUGUGCUUUCUUAGUCCAUUUGCCUUUACUACUGGAAUGGCCCAGCUUAUACAUUUGGAUUAUGAUGUGAACUUUAAUGUUAAUUUGGAUUCUCCAAACAACUCAUACCUAAUCAUAGCCACCUUUUUCAUGUUGGUUUUGGAUGCUCUUCUCUAUUUGGUACUGGCAUUGUAUUUUGACAAAAUUUUACUCAGUAAGUAUGGGCAUCAGCAUUCUCCAUUGUUUUUCCUGAAGUCAUCUCAUUGGUGUCAACACAGAGGAGCUAAUCGUGUGGUCCUUGAGAAUGAAACAGAUCCCGAUCCUUCACUGAAUGACUCCUUUGAACCAGUGUCUCCAGAAUUCCAUGGGAAAGAAGCCAUCAGGAUCAAAAAUCUUAAAAAGGAAUAUACAGGAAAGCAUGGAAAAGUAGAAGCAUUAAGAGGUCUGGGUUUUGACAUAUAUGAAGGCCAGAUUACUGCUCUCCUUGGUCACAGUGGAGCUGGGAAAACCACUUUGAUAAAUACACUCAGUGGACUGUCACCCCCAACUACAGGUUCUGUCACCAUCUAUAAUCACACAAUCUCAGAGACGGGUGCCUCUGACACCAUCACCGAGAUCACUGGAGUCUGUCCACAGUCCAACGUACAGUUUGGUUUUCUCACUGUGAGAGAAAAUCUCAGGCUUUUUGCUAAAAUAAAGGGAAUUCUGCCCCAUGAAGUGGAGCAACAGGUACAACAGGUCUUACAGGAUUUAGAAAUGGAAAAUAUUCAAGACAGCCUCGCUCGGAAUUUAAGCGGUGGACAAAAAAGAAAACUGACUUUUGGGAUUGCCAUUUUAGGAGACCCUCAGGUUUUGCUACUCGAUGAACCAACCGCUGGGUUGGAUCCACUUUCAAGGCAUCGCAUAUGGACCCUCCUGAAAGAGAGGAAGCGAAACAGAGUAAUUGUGGUUAGCACUCAGUUCAUGGACGAGGCUGAUAUCCUGGCUGACAGGAAGGUGUUUAUAUCCAACGGGAGACUGAGGUGUGCAGGCUCCUCCCUGUUCCUGAAGAAGAAAUGGGGCAUUGGCUAUCAUCUAAGCUUGCAUCUGAAUGAAACAUGUGAUCCAGAGACUAUAACAUCACUGGUCAAAAAGCACAUUCCUGACGCCAGACUGACUGCAAAAAGUGAAGAAAAACUGGUCUAUAUCUUGCCCCUGGAGAGGACAAACAAAUUUCCAGACCUUUACAGGGAUCUUGAUAGGUGUUCUGACCAAGGCAUUGAGAAUUAUGGUGUUUCCAUAACAACGCUGAAUGAGGUAUUCCUGAAAUUAGAAGGGAAGGCAGUGACUGAUGAAUCAGAUGCUGGAAUUGGUGGGCAGUUACAGAGCAAUGGGCCAGAAGAUGUGGGAAGCCCUGUUGAGCUGGAGGGAGUGCUGUCCCUAGAUCCAGCAGGAAGCACAGUGAGCGGCAUGGCACUGUGGAGGCAGCAGCUCUGUGCAAUUGCAAAGGUUCGCUUCCUCACACUCAAGAAAGAAAGGAAAAGCCUGGUGACCCUGUCAUUGCUUUUUGGCAUUAGCAUCCUCCCCCAACUUUUGGAAUAUCUAGUCUAUGAGCUAUACCACAAAAGCUACGCGUGGGGACUGUCUCCAAGUAUGUAUUUCCUCUCACCAGGACAGCCGCCACAGGAUCCUCUGACCCACUUGCUCAUCAUCAAUAAAACGGGCUCAAGCAUCGAUAACUUUGUGCAUUCACUAAGACAGCAGAGCAUAGCAUUAGACAUGGAUGCCCUGGGGACCAGAAAUGGUACGGACGAGGCAACAUACAAUGGCGCUAUCACGGUGCUGGGUAACGGAAAGGAUCUCAGGUUUUCAAUAGCAUGUAAUGCCAAAAGGCUAAACUGCUUUCCAGUCCUCAUGGAUAUCAUUAGUAAUGGACUGCUUGGAAUUUUUAAUUCUUCAGAACGCAUUCAGACGGACAGAAGCACGUUUUUUGAAGAGCAUAUGCUUUAUGAGCAUGGGUACAUGAGCAGUGCAUUCUCCUGGAUACCAAUGGCUGCCAGUCUCACACCUUACAUCGCCAUGGGCAGCAUCCGUGACUACAAAAAAAAGGUCCUUUCCCAGCUGUGGAUUUCAGGCCUUUACCCAUCUGCUUACUGGUGUGGACAGGCUCUCGUGGACAUUCCCCUGUACUUCCUGAUUCUCCUUCUCAUGCAAAUAAUGGACUGUAUUUUUAGCCAGGAGGAGAUCAUAUUCCUCAUUGAAAACCUGUUAAUUCAGAUCCUGUGCAGUAUUGGAUAUGCGUCAUCUCUUGUUUUCCUAACAUAUGUGAUUUCAUUCAUUUUUCGUAAUGGCAGAAAAAAUAGUGGCAUUUGGUCGUUUUUCUUCUUAAUUGUCACCAUGUUCUCCAUUCUUGCUACUGACAUAAAUGAGUAUGAGUUUCUAGGGCUCCUAUUCUGCACAUUUUUAAUACCCCCCUUCACACUGACUGGCUCCCUACUAAUUUUUUCUGAGGUUUUUUAUGACUCUGAGGAUGACGUAGGAGCAUCAAAGUCUCAUGUGGGAUUUCUGGCAUUGCUGAUACCUUAUGUCCAGUUUUUUCUUUUCUUUUUUGUUCUCCGAUGUCUGGAAAAGUACCUCAGGAACAAAUCGCUAAGAACGGACCCUGUGUUCAGAAUUUCUCCAAGACGCGUUAAGCCUUUUCCAAACCCAGAAGAGCCUGGAGAAGAGGAUGAAGAUGUUCAGGUGGAAAGAAUGAGAACAACAGGUGCUGUGACUACCCUACAGGUGGACGAGAAACCAGUCAUUGUUGCUAGCUGUCUGCGGAAGGAAUAUACAGGCAAAAAGAAAAAAUGCUUUUCGAGAACGAAGAAAAAGAUUGCCACAAGGAACAUCUCCUUCUGUGUUAAAAAAGGUGAAGUUCUAGGGCUCUUAGGACACAAUGGAGCUGGGAAAAGUACAAUGAUUAGUAUGAUAACAGGAGACACCAUGCCAACUGCAGGUCAGGUACUUGUGAAAGGGAGUGGUGAAGGGGACUCCCUUGGCUUCCUGGGGUACUGCCCUCAGGAGAACGUGCUGUGGCCCAUCCUGACGGUGAAGGAACACCUGGAGGUGUACGCUGCUGUGAAGGGGCUGAAGAAAAAGGAUGCAUUGGUCACCAUUACACGGUUGGUGAAAGCACUCAAACUGGAGGACCAGUUGAAGGCUCUUGUGAAGACCCUAUCAGAGGGUGUGAAGAGAAAGCUUUGUUUUGUGCUGAGCAUCCUGGGGAACCCAUCUGUGGUGCUUCUGGAUGAACCGUCAACCGGGAUGGACCCUGAAGGGCAGCAACAAAUGUGGCAGGCGAUCCGGGCCACCUUUACCAACACAGAGAGGGGUGCCCUCCUGACCACUCAUUACAUGGCAGAGGCGGAGGCUGUGUGUGACCGCGUGGCCAUCAUGGUGUCUGGAAGGCUGAGGUGUAUUGGUUCUAUCCAACACCUGAAAAGCAGAUUUGGCAAAGAUUACCUGCUGGAAAUGAAGGUGAAGAACCCCUCGCAGGUGGAGCCACUCAACACCGAGAUCAUGAGGCUUUUCCCCCAGGCUGCCCGGCAGGAAAGAUACUCCUCUCUGAUGGUCUAUAAGCUGCCCGUUGAUGAUGUACGACCUUUAUCACAGGCUUUCUUCAAAUUGGAGAGACUGAAAGAGAACUUUGAAUUGGAAGAAUACAGCCUCUCACAGUCCACUCUGGAGCAGGUCUUCCUGGAGCUCUCCAAGGAGCAGGAGCUGGGUGAUUUUGAGGAGGAACUAGAUUCCUCAGUGAAGUGGAAGCUCCUCCCACAGGAAGAGCCUUAACUUUCUAAGCAUUCCCUUUCUCUUCAAGCUUGUUUAAAGACAGUAUUUAUAAUAGCAUCGAUGUGCCUUUCUCAUCUCAGAUGCGGCACUAAGUACUUCCAAAGCUCGUGCCAGAAUUUUUUUUAUUUAACUUUUAUUAAUUACACUUUAUUCAUUUUGUAUCCCCCCCAUAAACCCCUCCCUCCUCCCCUCCCGGUCCCACCCUCCCCCCCUUUCUGCAUGCAUGCCCCUCCCCAAGUCCACUGAUGGGGGGGUCCUCCUCUCCUUCUUUCUGAUCUUAGCCUAUCAGUUCUCAUCAGAAUGGCUGCAUUGUCAGGGUUCUAGGUUAUCUCCAUGAAUAGUCCUUGGUUGGAGUAUGAGUCUCUGGGAAGUUCCCUGUGUUCAAAUUUUCUUGUUCUGUUGCUCUCCUUGUGGAGUUCCUGUCCUCUCGUGUCAGAAUUUUUAAGUAAUGGCCAAAGGGAGAACAGGCUAGAACACACAGCCAGAGUGCCCUUAACCAAGGCACGUUUCACACAGUAUGGAGUUUUAAAGUCCAUUGAUAAUAGUAUCGAUGUUUCUGAGCUCCAGAGACUGAUUGAUCUUCCCCUGAAUUUCAAAACAUUACCUAUUUUCUUUCCUUCUGGUCUGGGGAAGGUAUAAUGUAAACAAUGUUGACUUCAGGGAGAAGAGAAUCGAUGGCUUUCCCAACAGCACAGUGUUUGCUUUUUGUAACUCACUCUGACCUGUUCCUCAUCCAUUGGGUCUUCUUUUCUGACAGUUUGCAGACUUUGGGCUACAGAGAAAUGUUUUGUCCGUUGUGACUACAAAAGCAACUUUACACUUGUUGGGGUAAACACACGCAAUCAUUAAAUGAUGGGCUGUAUAUUUCUGAAAUCUUGACUUUUAAAAAAUGAUGCAAAAGGUGUGCUCUUAGGUUAAAGGACUAGUUUUGCAAGCCUUUACUUACCAAGUCUGUGAGCUCUACAGCCUAGUUACUGCAACAUCAGUACAAUUACCCUGAACCCUUAUCUAUGAGAUUUCUGUUGUUACUGCUGUUAUUGUUAGUAAUUCACCAAACAUUUACAGGCAGUUAUGUGAAAAAAUUUACCUUGAUGCCAGGGUUGUAUUUUCAUAGUUUACAUGAAUAUCAAGUACCCUAAACUCGUGAGAAUUCUCAUGGCAGAUCUUGAGCCAAGGCUCCAAGCCUUUAAUUUUAAAAGGAGACAUUAAUGCUGGCCCCUACCGAUUCACCUGGCUUUAUAAAUGACAAAUUAAUUGAUACAAAUCAAUAUGUUAAAUGCACUUUAGUUGGGGUCAGAAGAAAGUGGCUCAGCAAGGAAAGGUACCUGUUGCCAAGCCUGAUGACCUGAGUUUAACCCUUGGAUACCUGUUGUGGAAGGAGAGAACCAUCCCAGGUUGUUUUCUGACCUCCAGCCACAUGUGGUAUCAUGCAUGUGUCUACACAUCUGCACUCAGAACAAACAAACAAACAAAAACAAAAUAAAAAUAUAAUUGGCAUCA